AUGUUCAAUUUUGAAUCAAAAUUACAAAAUUUGAUAAAAUGGAUAGACAAUAAGGAUUGUCUCUAUUCUCAAAAUGCCAAAUUGAGUUCGCUAAAUCCAUCAUCAGCAACAAAUUCAUCAAAUCAAUCAUAUAUUUCAUCAAAUUUAGUAGUUAAAGAUGUAGAAGGGUCAGGUAGAGGUAUAUACACAAAUGCAACACUUACCAGUGAUACAAAGAUCAUCAGAGUUCCACAUAAGUAUUUAUUAAAUUUUAAAACUGUUUUGAGUGCUUUGUCAAGGUAUUUGAAAAACACUUCAGUUGACACAGGGGAUGAUGAAAUUACAAAAGUUUACAAAUUGUUCACUCUUGAAGAAUUUUCGAAAUUAACUUCAUUCCAGUUAUUGUCUUUUUAUAUCACAUUGGAGAAAAAACGAGGAUUUAGCUCCUUUUGGAAACCAUUUUUGGAUACAUUAGCUUCUGAGGACGAUUUCAAAUUUAUGCCUUUGUAUUUUUCCGAUAAUGUCUUUGGUCUUUUACCUAAAACGACAAAGAAGCAUGCUACAAUAGUCAAGACAAGAUUUGAGAGGGAUUAUGAAUUAGUCAAAAAUUUGCUUCUUUCAAAGAAUUUGGAUAAACAAACCGUUGAGAAUCUUCUACCUAAAUCUGAAUUUUUAUUAUCUUGGCUAAACAUUAAUUCACGUUGUUUAUACAUGACAUUACCAACAAGUCAUACAACGGAGGAUAAUUUCACUUUAGCUCCAUACAUAGAUUUCAUCAAUCAUUCAGAUGACGAUCAAUGUCAUAUGAAAAUUGAUUCUCUUGGUUUUCAUGUGACUACCAGCACCAAAUAUGAAGUAGGUGAUCAAAUAUUUUUUAAUUAUGGACCUCACUCAAAUGAGUUAUUGUUAUGUGAGUAUGGAUUCAUUAUACCUCAUAACAAAUGGGAUGAUUUAAAUAUAUCCGAGCAAUUAAUAAGUAAAAUGUCUAACUCUCAAAUUGACUUUUUGAAAGAUCAAGACUAUUUUGAUAAUUAUACACUAAACUCGGAAGGACUAUCAUUCAGAACUGAAGUUUGUUUAGCUACAUUACAAGAACCGAUGCCAGGAGAAUCUCGAAAGUUAAGAGCAUUAAUAAACGGAAUCAUUGAUAAUGAAUCCUACAGGAAAGGAAAUACCAUACUUAUUAAAUCGAUUUUGAAUGAAAUCAUUCAUGAAUCAAAUUCACAUCAAUAUUUACAAUUCUCAAAUGCUGAUAACAAUAAUGAUAACAAACAACGUAAGCAAUUGAUAGGAGCAUUAUAUAAAAAUAGAUCAAAGUUGGCUGAAAAUUAUUUGAUGUCUAUCUAA